GGCAAAUUGACAAUGAAUGGCAUAGAGAACGCAGAAGCGGGAGAGGGAGAUCAAAGAACCCAGUUUUUUGUUUGUGGGUUUCCCUCAACAAAUUAAUUUGUAAUCUUCUUUCUGCUAAUUACUUGGACUUACAAUUACGAAAAUGGCUGCAUUUCUGGGUGCAGUUCGUCCAGUUCAAUGUUCUCUAACUAAUUUUGCAAAUCAAAGACUCAAACUUUCUCCCUCCAUAUUCCCAGUUUCAGUUCCCAGAAAUGGGUUAUCUUUCCAUCAUCUCCUUAAACGAACUUUUCAAUCGUCUCUACAUUCUGCACCUGUAGAAUCUACGAGCAGCAAUCUGGUGACACCUUCAGGAGAACAGUCUGAAAUUAUAUUUGUAGGAACAGGAACAAGCGAGGGCAUUCCACGCGUAAGCUGCUUGACUGAUCCUGUCAAGAAUUGUCCGGUAUGCAAGAAAGCAGCGGAUCCAAAUAGCAAAAAUAGGAGACUCAACACAAGCAUUCUGAUCCGUUACAAUGGAUCUUCUGGGCUACGCAAUGUUCUCAUCGAUGCUGGAAAGUUUUUCUACCAUAGUGCUCUCCGCUGGUUUCCUACUUAUGGGAUAAGAACACUUGAUGCGGUUAUUAUUACUCAUUCUCAUGCUGAUGCUAUUGGAGGUCUUGAUGAUCUUCGUGACUGGACAAACAAUGUGCAGCCCUCUAUUCCAAUAUAUGUCGCUAAUCGUGAUUUUGAGGUGAUGAAGAAGACCCAUUACUAUCUGGUGGAUACAAGUGUGAUUAUACCAGGUGCUGCUGUGUCGGAGUUGCAGUUCCAUAUCAUUGACGAGGAGCCUUUCACUUUGCAUGAUCUGAAGAUUACUCCGCUGCCUGUGUGGCAUGGGCAAGGCUAUCGUUCUCUCGGUUUUCGCUUUGGCAACAUUUGUUACAUAAGCGAUGUCAGUGAUAUUCCGGAUGAAACAUAUCCACUCUUGAAGGAUUGUGAUCUUCUAAUUAUGGAUGCUUUGAAACCUGAACGGUCUACUCCAACCCAUUUUGGACUUCCAAGGGCAUUGGACGAGGUUCGAAAAAUCAAACCCAAGAGAACGCUUUUCACUGGCAUGAUGCACCUGAUGGAUCACGAAGAAAUAAACGCAUACUUAUUGAAGUUGAAGGACACAGAAGGACUUGAUGUGCAAUUGAGCUACGAUGGACUACGCGUACCUGUAAAUCUCUAGUAACCCUUUUUUUUCCUAUCAGGUUUCCAUCUCUACAGAUUUAUACUGUAUUCUUUUUUUUUUCAACAAGGUUCAUACCUUAAAUUCGAACACAAUACCUAUAUGCAAAUUGCAUGUGGCCAUACGGGUUCUAUCAAAAGUAUUAAAAUUUUGCCGUGUUA